UAUUUUAGACCAUUAUUAGACAUUACAGCAGAAGUGUUAAAAGUUAUAGAUGCAUUCUUUGCAUUGUUUAAUAAAAACGUGAAAUAUUAUACGUAAUUCCCAUUAAUGUCUGUCUAUAUAAACUGCCGACCGGCAAAGUCUUCAACAUUUUGGCUAUCCGUGGUUACCGUAACAAAACAACUAAGACUUGAAAAUAUACUUUGAGCAAAUAAAGACAAAUUUUCUUAGUUAUUAAACAGGUGUUUCUUAAUAUCAACUGUAUUAACCAAGGUUAGAAUAUAUUCGACAGUCUUCUAGACAGACUUGACAUUUUAGAUGAACUUUGUGUAAUCGAUAUUACACUUUUCUAGAGAAAUUGGGCAGGUAGCUGAAAGGAUAGUACAUUAUUAAGUAAAAUUUGUGAAAAUUGAAUGGAACUAUGUCGGACGAGAAGAAUGAUAAUUCUGUUUACAUAAAUGUAUUGGAAGACGCCAAUAAACAUAACGGACACAGCUUUCAUCAUCCGCAUAUAGGACAUCACCAUGGCAGAAAGUUUGGGUACGAAGCCCAGCAUAGCAUGGUUGAUUCCACGGAAACAGUCACGUUGUCCUGGGAAAACGUCAAUGUUUACGUCAAUCCGAAGAAUCAAGUGUGUUGUCGAGGUUCAGACCAGAAUAUGUCCUCUAAACAAGUUCUCAGAAAUGUGUAUGGACACGUGAAACCUGGUACUCUCUUGGCAAUUAUAGGCGCAAGUGGUUCCGGAAAGACGACCCUUCUGAAUACUCUAACAUCGAGAAUAAACGCUGAAACUUUGACGUCUUCCGGUGACAUAAAAGUCAAUGGUAUCGACGUAGGGACCGGUAUUCGGAAUAUCUCGGCCUACGUGCAGCAGGAUGAUCUAUUUAUAGCAACAAUGACAGUGAAAGAACAUCUAACAUUCAGGGCGUUGUUGAGGAUGGAAAAGGAAGUACCAAGACAUAGAAGACUUGAGCGUGUUGAUGAGGUUAUACAAGAGUUAGGUCUACAGAAAUGUCAGAACAACAUAAUUGGCAACCCCGGUAGAAUCAAGGGCAUAUCCGGUGGUGAAAUGAGAAGACUCUCCUUUGCAUCCGAGAUUUUGACGAAUCCUCCGCUUUUAUUCUGCGACGAACCCACAUCCGGGCUAGAUUCCUUCAUGGCAGAAAACAUUGUACAAACUCUUAAAACUAUGGCAGACAAAGGGAAAACUGUAGUGUGUACCAUCCAUCAACCUUCGUCCGAAGUGUUCGCAAUGUUUCACCAUGUUCUGGUAAUGGCAGAGGGAAGAGUUGCCUUCCUUGGAGAUGCAGAGGGGGCGCUAAGCUUUUACAAAGGAAUCGGUUACCCUUGUCCAAUGAACUACAACCCAGCUGAUUUCUACAUUAUGACAAUGGCUGUUGUGCCUGGAAAGGAGAAGGAAUGUAAAGAGAAAAUUGAGGCAAUUUGUGACAAAUUCAGUGACACGGCUAAUGCAAAAGCAAUACUAGCAGAGAACAAACAGGUUGCAGGCAAUCCAAAACGUACAGGAAUCAUUUUCGAAGAAGCAUUUACUAGUACGUCAAGGUAUGAAGCAUCGUGGUUUCAACAGUUUCAUGCGGUAUUUGCAAGGUCGUGGAAAACAACGAUCAGAGAACCAAUGGUUUUCCGAGUCCGCAUUGCACAGACAAUCAUAAUAUCUGUUAUCCUUGGAUUGAUCUAUCUACAGUUAGACGUUGAUCAGGAAGGAGUUCAGAACAUCAACGGUGUUCUCUUUCUUAUUGUCACAAACAUGACUAUGUCGAACUUGUUCGGAGUCCUGAAUUCAUUCCCGUUGGAAACACCAAUAUUUUUACGGGAGUAUGCGACUGGUCUGUAUAGAGUUGACAUCUAUUUCCUGUGCAAAAGUCUUGCCGAGUUGCCGCUUUAUACUAUAAUUCCGGUGAUGUUUUGUGCCAUAACUUAUUGGAUGGUUGGGUUGUAUGCAACAGUUGAAGCCUUCCUUGUGUUUACAGGUGUCAUUCUUCUAGUAGCCAACACCUCUGUGUCAUUCGGUUAUAUUGUAUCGGCUGCCGCUAAUUCAGUGAGCACUGCGUUGGUCAUUGCAUCCACAGUCAUGAUUCCGCUACUGAUGUUUGGCGGAUUCUUUCUAAAUUCAGAAUCUAUACCAGUGUAUUUUAUCUGGCUGGAAUACUUGUCUUGGUUCAAUUACGCUUACGAACUAAUUGCUAUAAAUCAAUGGGAUAAUAUCGACACAAUAGCCUGUGAAGGGAACAGUACAUCGUCAGAUUCACAGAGUUCAUGCCUGUACAAAAGUGGUACUCAAGUGAUAAACUACCUCAAUUUUGACAAGGACAAUCGAUGGAUAGAUGUCGGCUGUCUUCUAGCAAUGCUGGUUGCCUACAGACUGAUAGCUUUCGUCAUCCUCUUCAUCAAAGCUAGGAAAUCCAAGAAAUGAAAUUCAUAUGAUAUGUCACAGCAAACUUGACAAUUUUCUCCGCAGUGAUCUUGCCUUAUGGUAAAGGAAGGGAGAUAAUCGCUAUCAGUAUUCGUAUAAGAUGGUAUAGUCAAGGGAUACCAAGAAGAUAUGCCUAUGUAUUGUUGCCAAAGAACUGCAAAAAUAUUCAUCAUUAUUAUUAUCAUUAUCAUACCAUUAAUAUUUUCCUCGCUUAAUCGCCAAUAUAAAUUGGUAACGCUUUGAAAAACCUGAGAUUGCAUUAGAAAAGCUACUCAACGUCACAUCUAAUAUGUAAUUAACAAGGUGACGUCAUUGGCUUAUGUCUUAGAAUUUUAAUCUAACGUCGUGUUCGGCAGAGUUGCACCGUGUGUAGUUUACCUAAUACGGAAUAUACACUACCAGUAAAUUCUGUAUACUAAAGGGACAUCUGUACUAAUUUGCUUGACAAGUUGCUUGUUAUGUUACUACAUAUUUUACAUUUUAUAUUUAUAUAUUUUGAUAUCUUCAUGAUAUGUAUAAUUAAUGUUCUAUUGACCUUUUCCUAUAUGGUAUGAUUUGCAAAUAAAGUUUCGAAAGCCAGGUUUUUCGAAAAGUUGCGGGAAGUGUAUUUUCGGUUAAUUAUCAGCCUUGCCUUUUUACAUGUAAAAUAUAAUAAUAUAAUCAUAAUUAUGUGUAUAUGAUAAUAGACAGAUCUAGUUAGAUAGGUUUAUUUUGGCGCAUCAACUACAAUAUACAUAAAAUAUACAUGAGUGAUAUAUAAUACAGACAGGAGAUGGAUCUUAAAAUAUAAAGGGAGGGCAAGCCUGAAAUUAGCCCACCCCUCACCGCACACACAAAAACACAAACUUUUCCAACAUACUUUGAAACAUUACUUUAAAAUUAUACCAUAUAGCAUUGUCAUUUUGUUGCUAGUCUUUAAGUCUACGUAAGAUGUUUUAAACAGAACAUGUUUCUUUCUGUUGGUUUUAACGUCAUACUGACAAAAUUAUAGAUCAUAUGGCGACAUUCUAGCUUUUGGUGGUGGAGGAAGACCAAGGAGCUCCCCCUUCCAGAGAAUUAUUUCAUUUUAGGCUGGCAACUGGCUUGGUAAACAAACUUGACUCAAAACAAUUUACACACCAAAUGAGGUUUUGAACCCACGGUGAGGGGCAGGUGAUUCGAAUUCAGCGACAUUAACCACAGAGGCCUCCUUAACUGGAAAUAUGUUAUUAGAAAUGAAAUUUACCAAUCGUGUUUUUUUUUAGAUUAAAGCAGUAUUUAUAGUCCUAGAAAACUCAUUCAUUCUAGCUGCCCCAAUGUGCCAGAAAAUGUUAACAUCUAUAGAUACUAUUCAUUCGUCAAUGAAAUGAUUUAUAGAAGUUGAAAAAAUAUAUUUUGAUGUCAAUCUUGUACCAAGUUGUUUAAAAAUGUUGUAUGAUUUUACAACAGUUUACAAAGGUUUUUACCUAUUUCAUUUAAUCCUCCUUUUGCAUGUAUGUAGUUUUACCCACUGUAAAGUUCUGCUCUUCUCAGCGAUGGUGUCCGUAUUCGCAUUCAUAAUCACGGUACAUAAUGAAUUUACUCACUGUAAUCAAAACACCAUGUAUGAAAGUAGUCAUGGGCCCCUUUUACUUUCACUAAAAUACAUUUUCUAUUAAUUCGUACCUAGUCUGAUUUUGAAAACAAAUAGAAUCUCAUGUUUAUUUUAUACCGGAAAUUUAUAUUCUCCUUGCCUAUACUAUAUAAAAUACUAAUUUAAAUAAUUAUUUACAUACUUGUAUAUCUUGUGCUCUCCAUCUCUUUCAUCAUUUAACAAUUUUCUUUACAAUUCAUUUUCAGCAUGCCAACAUCAAUAUAUUUAUUCUGUUUUUACAAAGUAUUGUUGCAUUUUAUGUUAGCUCGGAAAAUAAAAUCAAAA